AAGACACAGCCUUCUGGAUGCUAUGCUUUUUAACAAGACUCUAAAAUGUUUUCCCUUUUCUGAACUUUAAAAUCUACAAAAUCAACACACGUUUUGAGAAUUUGGAGUAUUGUUUCCUGCAGAAGAAAGGAUGAAUUCGUGGGCCACUCUCUUUUUCCUGUCUGCAGUAUGGCCCAGCGCUUUGUCUGUGACACGGUACUCUAUAGAGGAGGAAAUGGAAAUUGGAUCUGUUGUGGCUAAUCUCGCUGCGGAUUUGGGACUUGAGCCUGGAGGUUUGGCACAACGAGAGGUAAAACUUGAUAUUUUCCAUAACAAAAAAUAUUUAGAUGUCAAUAAAAAGACAGGAGAGCUGUAUAUCGUGGAAAAGAUGGACAGAGAAUACCUUUGUCCGAUAAAAACAACAUCCUGUUUUCUAAAGCUUGAUGUAAUCAUAGAAAACCCUUUGCGCAUCUUCAACAUUGAACUUGGAAUAACAGACAUAAAUGAUAACGCUCCACAUUUUCGACGAGAAAGAGUAGAGCUCGGCGUUUAUGAAUCGGCAACACCGGGAGAGAGAUUUUCUCUGCCUAAUGGUGUCGAUCCGGAUGUUGGCAAAAAUGCAAUUAAAACAUACAAACUCAGUGUCAGUGAACAUUUCACAAUCGAAAUUCAGACGGGCAGUGAUGGAACUCAAUAUGUGGAUUUGGUGUUGACAAAGUCUUUAGACAGAGAGGAGAAUGCUGUUCACAAUUUAAUACUGACUGCUGUGGACGGCGGGGUUCCUGUGCUCUCCGGCACUGCCAACAUUAUUGUUAAAGUACAGGACACAAACGAUAAUCCUCCUCAAUUUGACAAGCAGAUUUACACAAUAAAUAUGACGGAAAAUUCCCCGAUCGGAUCCUUAGUGAUGAAGCUUAACGCUACAGAUCUUGACGAGGGUCUAAAUUCAGAGAUAGUGUACUCAUUCACCCUUUAUACGUCAGAAAAAACACAAGACGUAUUUGCAUUGAAUCCUAACACGGGGGAGAUAACUGUGAAGGGUACUAUUGACUAUGAAGAUAUGACAUUUUAUGAGAUGCACAUUGAGGCUAGAGACAAAGGGACAAAUCCCUUGCUGGGGCAGUGUAGCGUAGUCGUCCACGUGACGGAUAUGAAUGACAAUUAUCCUGAAAUUAUCAUACAGUCUGUAAAAAACACUGUGGAUGAGAACAUCCAAGUAGGAAGUGUCAUAGCUCUGGUAGACGUAAGUGACAGAGACACUGGCAACAAUGGAAACGUAAGCUUAUCCAUUAAUCAGCGCAUGCCCUUUAUUCUUAACAAGUCAUCAGAUAGGCCUAUGCAUUACAAGCUCAUAGUGUCUGAACCUUUGGACCGUGAAUCAGUACCUGAAUAUGAUAUUACACUAAUUGUGACGGAUGCAGGAACGCCACCUUUAUCUGAUAACGAAACAAUAACCUUACAUCUAUUGGAUGUGAAUGACAAUGUUCCACAGUUCCCUCUGUCAUUUUAUACUAUACGUGUGAUGGAGAAUAACGCACCUGGAGCCCUGCUCAGUUCCCUCACUGCGUUUGACCCUGACCUCCAUGAAAACCAGUAUCUAGUUUAUUUCAUCCUAGAAGAGAUAGCCAACACCUCCAUGUCCAUGCUGUUCUCCAUCAAUCCAGAGAACGGUAAUCUUUACGCACUAAAAACUUUUGACUAUGAGAUCGAGAAUGAGUUUCUUUUCCACAUCGAGGCCAGAGACUCUGGCUCUCCUCCACUCAGCAGUAACGUGACGGUCCACAUCAUCAUUGUGGACCAGAACGACAACGCUCCGGUGAUUGUGUCUCCGUGGCGCGCGCACGGCUCGGUGGUGGAGGAAAAGAUCCCCAGAUCCACCGAUAAAGGCUCUCUGGUUUCCAAGGUGAUAGCCUUAGACACAGACUCGGUGCACAACUCUCGGAUUACCUACCAGUUUCUCCAGGUGACUGACGCCACCUUGUUCAGUCUGGACCAAUACAACGGAGAGAUCCGGACUAUGAGGAUGUUCAGCUACAGAGACCCGCGCCACCAGCGACUGGUUGUUGUUGCCAAAGACAACGGGGAGCCCGCUCUCUCUGCUACAGUCACCAUCAAGCUGUCCACAGUGGAGACUGCCGUGAAGGCCUACUCUGACAUGACUGAGGUGCCUCUAGAAUAUGACAUCUUUUCAGACCUAAACCUGUAUCUGGUCAUCGGUCUGGGCUCGGUGUCAUUUCUCCUGCUGAUCACCAUACUGGUCACCAUCGUGCUCAAGUGUCAGAAACCCAAGCACAGCAAAGCGGCUGCUCCCUGCAGGAACAGUGUGAUCAGUGACAGGAACUCCUCCAUUGCAGAUUCCACUCUGGUGUCCAACGAUGCCUACUGGUACAGUCUGUUUCUAGCAGAGACCAGGAAAGGAAAGAUGGUGGUGAGACAGCCUGUGCCAAAGGGCUCCAGAUACAUCGUGUCCAGUUUACCAAGAGGCACAGGACUGACAGACACUAGUGACUCAGCAGCCUCCACCCUGCAGGUAUGA